AGGGUCACUAUAUAAGCCAUAGGAAAGCCGUUACAACGAAUACAGUGUGUAAGCAUAGGUACUUUACCCAUAUUGCUAGGAAUCCCAUAGAGAAAAUCAACUAAGUGAAAGAUGGCACGUACCAAGCAGACUGCGCGUAAGUCAACGGGAGGCAAGGCUCCACGUAAGCAGCUGGCCACUAAGGCUGCACGUAAAAGUGCGCCGUCUACAGGUGGUGUGAAGAAGCCCCAUCGUUACAGGCCAGGUACCGUUGCGCUGAGAGAAAUCAGACGAUACCAGAAGUCUACGGAGCUGCUCAUUCGCAAGUUGCCAUUCCAGCGUCUCGUACGAGAAAUUGCACAGGACUUCAAGACAGAUCUUAGAUUUCAGAGUGCAGCUAUUGGAGCGCUGCAGGAAGCUAGUGAAGCAUACCUGGUUGGUCUGUUCGAAGAUACCAACUUGUGCGCUAUUCAUGCUAAGAGAGUCACAAUUAUGCCCAAAGACAUCCAGCUGGCUCGUCGCAUCCGUGGUGAACGUGCAUAAACGACAUUUACUUUCAAGGUCUCAGUUUACAGUUUAGUUUUCAGUAUAUAUUGUACAAAAACACUGACGGUCCAUCCACCUACAAUGUAACUUCACGUCACUGAUGUCGGGUUUGAUUAUGAAAUGGUUUUCCUGAUAGCACCUGAAGUUGUGAAUAGUGUUGUUUGUUGUCGGUUGCAAUCACUGCCAAAGUGGAAUUUUAAUGUAAACUAACGGUUUUAUAUGAUAUCUUAAAAACUACUGUAGCCACUUGGAAAUCAGGCAUUCUGAGUAAUGGCAUAUUUUUAACUGUCAUCUGUGUUACCUAUUUAGACAUAAACUGCAUAGUAGUGUAUCAGUGUUGUGUAUAUCAUAACGAGGCCACUUGUCUCACACUACCCUGUUCCGACCAGUCUAUAAUUUCUACUUGAUAUUCAGGUAUGCCGCUGGACACAUGAAAUUUACAUGUGAAUAUUGUACAUUGUCAUUCAAAAUAUUUGGUUUUUUUCUCUUUUUUUAUAUAACAUAGGUGACAUCUAGUGCCAUUUUAUCUCAUUAAAUGUGGCAGUAAAUUAUAUAUUAUGUGUUGUCAUUGUUUCAUUGUGAUUAGACAGUCCAUCUUAGCACUCGCUUGAAACAAAACGUGUGUGUUUGUUUUAUCAUAAAGGAUCAGAUAGUAAGACUCCAUGUCAAUAAAGAUUCCGGAAGAUUAUUUGUAAAUGUGUUUAUGUUGUGGUUAUAGUUUUCUGUCUAAUCGAUUGUCUUGAUGUGUAUUACUGUAAUCUAUUCUUCACUAUUUAAAUUAUACUCAAUCCUUCAUCUGUCGUUUAGGUACCUGUUCAAUAAAAAUUCUGCUGCAUGUUUGCUUAAAAUUGCAUUGUAAUCUCCAAUGUUUUUCCAUGUUGUAUCUGAAUGACCAAUAAUAUUCAUGUAAGCAAUUGUAUAUUGCUAUCAUGUGUCUGUACAACAAAAGUUAUUGAUAUUUUGUAUUCACAUGUUUGUAGUAGGAGUAAAAUCUUGUAGUCUAUA